AGAAUGACUCAUUUGAAAGACUACGUACUUGUCUUGUUUUUUUCUUUUUCUUUUUUUGUUUUACGGUUCACCGGGUUUACAUGCAUUGUAUGGCGUCGGAAGAAGCAUAGAUGUUUGAUUUAGCAGGGUGUUUUGGAUCUCUUGUUCCCCCUUUCAGGUGUUCUACUGUUUUGUGUUUGAUAGCGUCGGAUUUUAUUGCAUGGCAACGAGGACUUCUGUUAUUUCUUAUUGUGAUUGAACAUUGCUGCUGCUUCUUUACAUAUGUGACGUGCUUUGAAGUGAUUAAUACACCGGUUUUACCACCCGCCCUAGGGCAUUGUCACAAGAGUUUAAGGAUACAACAACCAGACUAAACCAAGAGAAACAUAUACGUCAAUACUACUUUAAUAAGGUAGUAAAUUUGUACUCAUGAACAUCUUAU